UGACUUGGUUGUGAGGAAGGCCUAGAGCAUUUUAUGUUUGGGUAGGUUAUGUUCCCACAAAACCAAUUAAAGUAAACCUACCUACCUCACAAAAGUCAUUUGGGAAGAAGAUGGAUGUGAGGAAGGUAUUUGGGAUUCCGAAGUUCUCAUCCUCAUCAUCGUCAUCGUCCUCGUCGCUCCUAUGGCUGUUUCUUUUCCUGCUGCUCGAGCGUGCAAUCGAAUUGGAUGCGGCUGUUUACAUCGUGGGCGAUGAAGAUGGUUGGACCACAGGUUACAACUAUUUGUCAUGGUCUAUGAAGUACAAUUUCAGCGUUGGUGAUACUCUUGUUUUCAACUAUGUCAAGGGGCAGCACAACACUUGGGAAGUGACCGAAGGCGCCUACAGAUCAUGCAAUAUGAGCACAGGUGUUUUGAAGCAACACCGCUCCGGCACCGAUCAGAUUGCUCUAUCGGAAGAAAGGGGCUAUUGGUUUGUAUGCAGCAUCGAGGGGCACUGCCCCGGGGGAAUGAAAUUGGGAGUUCAAGUGACAGCCAACCAUGACGCCCCAUCCCCAGAGGCUCCACCUUCUGACAAUGGUGGUGGACAGGCCCCACCUCCAGACGCUGGCGCUGCCACAUCUGUUGCUCCGGCUGCCAUUUUCAUAGCUUGGUUCCUCCACUUCUAUCUGUCUUUCGCAUCUGCCUAACAAAACCGCCAUCGAGCCUGUCGUCUCUGCUACCUUCAAACUGUUGGUUUAGAACUUGCAGAAAUCCACUGAUAUUUUCGAAAUCCAGUAACAUUGUCACAACGGCAGAUUGAACGGUAGUGCAGCUUAGUGUUUGUACUUAUAAUUCCCCAUGAUGAUGUAUUUUCAUAUGUGAAGAACCGUGCAUAUUUUGUAAAAGAAAAGUGUUAGCUUGUGGCUCUUGCCAACAUCAUUUUAAAGGACCAAGGACUCAAAUUCAAUUUAUAAAUUUAUGCAAAAACGGCUGUUAAAGGUUGA